AUGAUCACCACUAGGCUUACCCGCGCGGGUGCUUUGGCAUCCAGAUCCCGCCUCCUCCUUGGAGCGCGGGGUAUGGCCACUGUCGGUGAUUCUCCGCUUGACAAGAAAGUCGAAAUGACCAAUUGGGAGAAGGCAAGUCACCCGAACCUACCGGCUGAACCUGUGUGGCACUAUAUCAACUAUAAGAAAAUGUCUGAGAAUUUGGACAUUGUCCGAGCUCGUUUGAACCGCCCUCUUACUUUUGCAGAAAAGAUUCUGUAUUCUCACCUCGACGACCCACACGGCCAAGAGAUUGAGCGCGGAAAGUCUUACUUGAAGCUGCGACCGGAUCGCGUUGCUUGUCAAGACGCUACUGCUCAAAUGGCCAUUCUGCAGUUCAUGUCGGCCGGCAUGCCAUCAGUUGCUACCCCAAGUACUGUCCACUGCGACCACUUGAUCGAAGCCCAGGUUGGUGGGGACAAGGAUCUUGCUAGAGCCAACGAGAUUAACAAGGAAGUUUACAACUUCCUUUCUUCUUCCUGCGCCAAGUACAACAUUGGAUUCUGGAAGCCAGGCUCCGGCAUCAUCCAUCAGAUCCUUCUUGAGAACUACUGCUUCCCCGGUGGUCUCAUGAUUGGUACUGACUCGCACACUCCUAAUGGUGGUGGUCUCGGUAUGGCCGCUAUUGGUGUCGGUGGUGCUGAUGCCGUGGAUGUGAUGGCUGGACUGCCAUGGGAGCUGAAGGCCCCCAAGGUCAUUGGUGUGAAGCUCACUGGUGAAUUGUCUGGAUGGACCGCUCCAAAAGAUAUCAUCCUAAAGGUUGCUGGCAUCCUCACUGUGAAGGGCGGAACCGGCGCUAUCAUUGAAUAUCACGGACCUGGCGUUGACUCUUUGUCCUGCACUGGUAUGGGUACUAUCUGUAACAUGGGUGCCGAAAUUGGCGCUACCACUUCCGUUUUUCCCUUUAACGAACGCAUGUACGACUACUUGAAGGCCACGAAACGUCAACCGAUUGGAGACUAUGCUAGAACCUACGCCAAGGGUCUCCGUGAGGACGAAGGCGCCGAAUACGACCAGCUUAUUGAGAUCAACCUAAGCGAACUCGAGCCUCACAUCAACGAGGAGCUGAAGGUUGGUUUGAUCGGAUCCUGCACAAACUCUUCUUAUGAGGAUAUGUCUCGUGCUGCUUCAAUUGCCCGUGAUGCUCUCAACCACGGGAUCAAGGCUAAAUCCCUUUUCACUGUUACUCCCGGUUCGGAGCAAAUUCGUGCCACCAUUGAGCGUGACGGCCAGUUGAAGACUCUCGAGGAGUUCGGAGGCGUUAUUCUUGCCAACGCUUGCGGUCCUUGCAUCGGCCAAUGGGACCGGAAGGAUGUCAAGAAGGGUGAAAAGAACUCGAUCAUUUCCUCCUACAACCGAAACUUCACUGGACGCAAUGAUGCCAACCCUGCCACCCACGCAUUUGUCACCUCCCCAGAUCUUGUCGUUGCUCUCACGAUCGCGGGAACCCUCAAUUUCAACCCUCUCACUGAUACCUUGAAGGAUAAAGAUGGAAAGGAAUUCAAACUUGCUCCUCCCACUGGUGCUGGUCUCCCAGCUAACGGCUAUGAUCCUGGCCGUGACACCUAUCAGGCUCCUCCCAAAGAUAGAGCUUCAAUCCAGGUUGCUGUCAGCCCAACUAGCGACCGCCUCCAGGUUCUCGAACCAUUCAAGCCUUGGGAUGGAAAAGAUGCCACUGGCAUCCCAAUCUUGAUUAAAGCCCAGGGCAAAACCACAACUGAUCAUAUUUCCAUGGCCGGUCCUUGGUUGAAAUACCGUGGACAUCUUGACAAUAUCUCCAACAACAUGCUUAUUGGCGCCGUUAACGCUGAAAACGGAGAGACCAACAACGUCAAGAACUUCCAGACCGGAGAAUACGCCGCGGUUCCCGACACUGCCCGUGCCUACAAGGCCAAGGGCAUUCAGUGGGUUGUGAUUGGUGAUUGGAACUACGGUGAAGGCAGCUCUCGAGAGCACGCUGCUCUUGAGCCCAGACAUCUUGGUGGUCUCGCUAUCAUUACCCGAAGCUUUGCCCGUAUUCAUGAAACCAACCUUAAGAAGCAAGGAAUGUUGCCUCUCACCUUCUCUGACCCAGCCGACUAUGACAGAAUCCCCCCCAACGCCACUGUUGACCUCAUGUGCACCGAACUCGCCGUCGGCAAGCCCAUCACUCUCCGUGUGCACCCCAAGGAUGGAAAGUCGUUCGACGUUUCCUUGAGUCACACUUUCAACGAAUCCCAGCUUCAAUGGUUCAAGGAUGGUAGUGCUCUUAACACCAUGGCCAAGCAGAGAGCAUAG